UCUCUCUCUCUCUCUCAACUUCCACGAUGGAGACCUCCCACCGGCUUACGCUUUCCAUGAAGUCCAAAACGUCCAAAACCGAAUCCAAUUUCGAUCGAAGCCUCGAUUCAAACUCAUAACCAAGAAGAAUAAACAUCGAGUCUUUUUGUCCUCCGGCGGGAGCACUCCAAGAAGAUAGAUGGCGGAGCGCGACGGAGGAGCUUCCGAAGGCGGUCGGCGGCGCCUCCGCCGCGGCCCGACCAUAGCCCUCCCACCCUGGUCCUCCAUGGAGGGACUCUUCCGAGAAGGCGGGAGGCGGAGGCGGGGCGGCGGACGCGAGCCCCGGCCCGAUGACCCUGGUGUCGAGCUUCUUCGCGGAGGAUCCGGACUCGGAGUACCGGUGGCUUCUCCCAGCCUCCUCGCCGGAAGCUGUUGACUCUUCCCGGUGGCGCCGCCGCCCAGUAGGCCGCGGAGGAGCCAGCGGCAGCUCCGACGGAGGGGAAUCCUGGGGGAGGGGAAGGGAUGGGUCUGAGACAGAACCAUUGGCCGUUUGGUUCGCAGCGACGCCCGGGCUCAGUCUGUCCAGCUUGCUUGAGUCCCCCGCCGGGCUAAUCUCAUCUAAUUUGGGAUACUUUGGAAUAUCUCAUCAACAGGCCCCGGCACAGGUCACAUCUCAGGCUGUAGAGUCUCAUUCUUACGUGCAUGUCCAAGCAGAAUAUCCAUCUCUCUCAGCAGCAUCAACCUCCUUGACAGUGCCCCCUGAUUCUUCGAUUACUAUGUUAUCGCUCAAACAGAUGCCACCUCUAUCAUUGGAUGCAAAUAAUACAAUGAACAAAUCUGCAGAUGGUUCCCAUGCCGAUCAUAAACCUCAACCUGCUGCUCUCACUGUUGACAAACCUGCUGAUGAUGGCUACAACUGGCGAAAAUAUGGGCAAAAGCAGGUGAAGGGAGGUGAAUAUCCUAGAAGCUACUACAAAUGUACCCGUCCAAACUGCCCGGUAAAGAAAAAAGUCGAACGCUCUCUCGAGGGCCAAGUAACAGAGAUAAUUUAUAAGGGCCAGCACAAUCAUCUGCGGCCCUCUCAAAAUAGGCGCAGCAGAUGCAAUGAGUUAAAUGGGAGUUUCGAUUUUCCCACGAAUCCUGAAACAGGCACUGCAAAUUUCAGCAGAUCAACCGAGACUAUGUCCAAAAGAGAUCGAGAUUCCAGCCAUUGGACACCUGAGCAGUUGUCCGAUUCCGGUGAAGACGAAGAAGGUGAUGGUGAACCAGGGACAGAUGAAGGGAGUGAUACCGAGCAAGAUCCAAAAAGAAGGACUAUGGACACCAGGGUGAUGGAAUCAACUUCACACAGGACAGUAACAGAACCAAGGAUUAUUGUGCAAACAACAAGUGAAGUUGAUCUUUUGGAUGACGGGUAUCGGUGGCGCAAAUAUGGACAGAAGGUGGUCAAAGGAAAUCCUCAUCCAAGGAGUUAUUACAGGUGCACCAGUGCGGGAUGCAGCGUGCGGAAGCACAUUGAAAGGGCUUCAACGGAGCCUAAAGCUGUUAUAACAACAUACGAGGGGAAGCACAACCAUCAUGUACCAGCAGCUAGAAACAGCAGCCAUGCCACAACGAAUGCUGGUGCUGCUACCAGCAGUAUACAACCAAAAGCACAAAAUGCCAAUUCCAGCAACCAGCCCUCCAUUCAUGGAAUAGAAUUUAUAAACAACGUCGCACGGCCAGUUGCAGUUCAUGCGCUGAAAAAAGAGCAUGAUGUUGCUUAGACUUUCUGUGCCUUUGAAAGUAUUAUUGGUGACCUGCGCGCUGAAUUCAUGGAAACUUCCGAAUGAGUAUUGGUGGAUUCCGGAGUAAAUGUCAUGCAAACACUUUCUGCAAUUAUGGCAAACUACAGAAGGGCUCAGUUUAACAUCAAAAUGGAAGCAGGGUGAGAGAACUGAUAAAUUUUUUUCAGGGAUGGCUUUGUACCGUAAAUGGUUGUCAUGUGUUUUUCUAUUCUAUAAGUUUAUUAUUUGCCACAAUCCUGAUGUACCUGUAGUUCUUGUGCUCUGUUCAUUCUUUUUGGUGAUACAGAUUGUAUGUUCUGGUUCCACAUAUAAUAACACAUGGAUGAAGAUAUAUGGUUCUUUUUUC